AUGAAGAAUGAGGUAGGCGAAUCCGAUACAAAAGAAUAUCCUUGUCUUGUGCGUGCAACGGACGGGAAGAAGGUGAAGCUAUCAACUCAUGUCUUGCCUGAGGAACUCGACAAGUUCCACGCUGCUUACGGAGCAUUACUCAAAAGCUCGAUGCCCACCCUCCGAAAACGAGACAAGAAACGAGAAAAAGAACGUGCAGAACGCGUUGCCCGAAGUAAGAAGCGCAUGACGGAACCAGUUAAAAUCGAGGGACCCAAGCGUGGUUCUGGGAGGCGAAAACGCCAACGACGGAUAAAGGCGGCUAAAAAGCAGGAAGAGUCGCGCAAAAAGUUUGAAGAACGGCAGGCAAAAUUACAACAACAAAAUACAGCAGCUUCAUAA